AUGGGAAAGAAGCGAGUUCUUAUCACAUACGGCGUUGACGUCGAUGCCGUUGCGGGAUGGCUGGGUUCGUACGGUGGUGAAGACUCGACCAGUGAUAUUAGUCGCGGCGUCUGGGCGGCCACCGUGGGAACGGAGCGCCUGCUAAAGUUCUUCGACAAGUACAGCGUCAAAGCGACCUGGUUCAUCCCCGGACACUCGCUAGAGUCCUUCCCUAAGGAAAUGGCUGCUGUGCGCGAUGCAGGACACGAGAUUGGGCUACAUGGAUACUCCCACGAAAACCCCAAGGACAUGACAAUCGAGCAACAACGGGACGUCCUCGAUAAGACAUACAGGAUGUUGACUGAAUUUGUGGGCAAGCCACCUCGAGGAAGUGUUGCACCAUGGUGGGAAACAAGCAAAGAAGGUGCCCAACUUCUCCUUGACUACGGCAUCGAAUACGACCACAGCAUGUCCCACGAAGAUUGCCAACCCUACUACCUGCGCACGGGCGACACGUGGACCAAAAUCGACUACACCAAAAAGGCUCACGAGUGGAUGAAGCCCAUGGUCAAUGGCGAGGAGACGGGUCUUGUGGAGAUUCCAGCGAACUGGUACAUUGAUGAUUUGCCGCCGAUGAUGUUCAUCAAGGGCUCGCCGAAUAGUCAUGGGUUUAUGAAUGCGAGAGAUAUUGAGGAUAUUUGGAGGGAUCACUUCGAUUAUUUCUACCGGGAGUAUGAUGAGUUUAUAUUCCCGAUUACGAUUCAUCCGGAUGUUAGUGGGAGGCCGCAUGUGGUUUUGAUGCAUGAGAGACUCAUUGAGCACUUCAAGAAGCACGAUGGCGUAGAGUUUGUCACCAUGGAGCAGCUGUCGGAUGAUUUCAAGAAACGAGUUGCUCCCGCCGCGGGAGCGACUAUGCCAGCGAAACCAGGCGCCAUUCUGGAAAAGAGCUAG